AUGGAUCUUGAAGAAUAUAUAGAUUAUUCAAAAGAAAAAAUUGUAACAGGAAUAAUGAGUGACCAGAAAAUUUUAAACCAAGCCAUGUAUCAGGAACCUCAACAGGUUGAAAGUAAUAAGGAAGAUAACAGUAUAAACAUGCCCCAAAUUACUUAUAAGGAA